CCUCGUCGUCCUCCUCCUCCUCCGCCCGGCCCCGGCCCCGGCCCCGCUGGCUGGGAGACGCGGUGCGGACGCGGCGGCGAGCGCGGAGCGGCCCCGGGGACAUGGUGUGAGCGGAGCGGGGCGCCCCGCCGACCCCGCGGGCCCCGGCAGGAGCAUGCGGAUCUUCCUCCUCUGCAUGGUGACUCUGGCUGACACCUACUCGCGAGUGGCACCGACGCGGUUCACAGAGGAGCCUGAGGACCAGACGGUGGUGGCCGGGCAGCGCAUCGUCCUGUCCUGCGUCGUGCUGAAUUACUCCGGCAUCGUGCAAUGGACCAAAGACGGCCUGGCCCUGGGCAUGGGGCAGGGCCUCAAAGCGUGGCCACGGUACCGGAUCAUCGGCACGGCCGACUCGGGCCAAUACAACCUGGAGAUCACGGACGCGGAGCUCUCCGACGAUGCACUGUACGAGUGCCAGGCCACCGAGGCGGCGCUGCGCUCCCGCCAGGCCAAGCUGACAGUGCUGAUCCCCCCUGAAGACCCCGUGAUUGAUGGAGCCCCCAAGAUCCUGCUGCGGGCAGGGACGCCCCACAACCUCACCUGCCGGGCACGCAGCGCCAAGCCAGCCGCCACCAUCGUCUGGCUGCGAGACGGGCAGCAGCAGGAGGGGGCUGUUACCACCACGGAGGUGCUACCAGACGGCAAGAGAGAAACCACCACCAGCUUGCUCCUCAUCAACCCCACCGACCUGGACAUCGGGCGGGUCUUCUCCUGCCGCAGCGUGAAUGAGGCCAUCCCGACUGGCAAGGAAACAUCCAUCCAGCUCGACGUUCACCAUCCGCCCACCGUCACCCUCUCCAUCCAGCCCCAGACGGUGCGGGAAGAGGAGCGGGUUGUAUUCACCUGCAUGGCCACCGCCAACCCUGAGAUCAAGGGCUACAGGUGGGCCAAGGGUGGGCUGCUGAUCGAGGAUGCCACGGACAGCCGGUACGAGACACAGGUGGACUACACCUUCUUCACAGAGCCCGUCUCAUGUGAGGUGCACAACGACGUGGGCAGCACCAACGUCAGCACCUUGGUGGACGUGCACUUCGCCCCCCGCAUCGUGGUGGAGCCCAAGCCCACGACCACCGACCUGGGCUCGGACGUGACGCUGACCUGCGUGUGGGCUGGCAACCCCCCGCUUACCCUCACCUGGACCAAGAAGGGCUCCAACAUGGUGCUGAGCAACAGCAACCAGCUGUACCUGAAGGCGGUGACGCAGGACGAGGCGGGGCAGUACAUCUGCAAGGCCAUCGUGCCCCGCAUCGGUGUGGGCGAGCGCGAGGUCACCCUCUACGUCAAUGGACCCCCCAUCAUCUCCAGCGAGGCUGUGCAGUAUGCAGUGCGUGGCGACCGCGGCAAGGUGGAGUGCUUCAUCGGCAGUACGCCACCCCCCGACCGCAUCGCCUGGGCGUGGAAGGAGAACAUCCUGGAGACAGGCACGCUGGAGCGGUACACAGUGGAGCGCAGCACCACGGGCACCGGGGUCCUGUCCACCCUCACCAUCAACAACGUGAUGGAGGCCGACUUCCAGACCAGCUACAACUGCACCGCCUGGAACGGCUUCGGACCCGGCACCGCCAUCAUCCGCCUCGAGGAGCAGGAAGUGCUGCCCGUGGGAAUCAUCGCUGGAGCCACCAUCGGGGCUGGCAUCCUCGUCAUCAUCUUCCUCGUCGCCCUUGUCUGCUUCCUCUACCGGCGCCGCAAAGGGAGCCGCAAGGACGUGACGCUGCGCAAGCUGGACAUCAAGGUGGAGACAGUGAAUCGGGAGCCGCUAACCCUGCACCCGGACCGCGAGGAGGACACGGCUAGCGUGUCCACUGCCACCCGUGUCAUGAAGGCCAUCUACUCGUCGUUCAAGGACGACGUGGACCUGAAGCAAGACCUGCGCUGCGACACCAUCGACACGCGGGAGGAGUACGAGCUUAAGGACCCAACCAACGGCUACUACAAUGUGCGCGCCCACGAGGAUCGGCCAGCCUCGCGCUCGGUGCUGUACGCUGACUACCGUGCGCCAGGGCCCGCCCGCUAUGACACCCGUCCGGCCUCACGGCUCUCGCACUCCAGCGGCUAUGCCCAGCUCAACACCUACGCACGGGGGCCAGGCUCUGAGUACAGCGCCGAGCCCGCUCCGGGGCCUGCGCCUGGCCCCGCCACGGGUGACACGGCCAGCCAGCUGUCCUACGAGAACUACGGCGGGCACGCCGCCUUCCCGCCCAGUGCUGGCUAUGCCACCUACCGCCUAGGCUACAGCCAGCCGCCCCCGCCCAGCCUGGACCGCGCCGCCUACGACGCCAUGGGCAAGUACGCCAGCGCCACCCGCUUCUCCUACACUUCCCAACACUCGGACUAUGGGCAGCGCUUCCAGCAGCGCAUGCAGACUCACGUCUGAGGACGGGGCGCCCGGCUCCGGGGGGGCCGCGGGACCUCGCCACUGGCCCCUGAUAUUCAGGGGCUUCUUCCUGACCCCCCCCACCGCCGCCCGCCUCCAGGGAACCCAGGCGUCCGGCGGCCCCAUGGACAUGCCCCGUACUUGAGCUUCCAUCCCUCCGCCCGCCGGGGCUUCCUCCCGGCCGCGGGCUGGCCUCUGCAGAAUGGGGUUUGGAGGGAAAUACUUCGGAGGUCCUGACUGUGCCCAUUUUGGCAUGAGGCACCAUGGCUCCUCUCGCAUCAGGACCCCCCCCCCCCCCCCCAAAUGCACCCAUGAGGGAGAGGAGCCAUUUCCCUACUACGUGCCGGAGCCUGGAGAGGCAGAAGGGCUGGGAGGACCCAAAUACCUAAUGAGGGGUUAACAGUCGCGCCAAUGAGGGGUUAACAGUGAGGCAGGGGUGAGGGGCACUGGAGUCUCCCCCAACCCCAGAGCCAUCGGGGUGCACACCGUGAGUCCCUGGGGAUGCUGGGAGCAACCGGGGGGGAGGGGGUGCUGCACAUGCCAGAGGCCUGUAGUGGCACAUCUGGAUGGCCCCCCAUGCCCAUCAUGAUCGGGCCCACAGGCAGCCACAGGAACCACCUGUAGGGGACCAGACCCCCCCCCCCCACCAGCACCAGUGUUAGGGGAGCAGGGCCCCCUCCCUGUGACCCUGACCCAUAACCAGACUGCCCUCCCCCCCCCGGUACUGGCCCCACACCGAGCGCUUCCAUUGCUGAGCAGAGCCAUCCCCACCCCCCAUCCCAGGGGCCCCAAAUCCCUGCCAGCCCCCAACACUGGCCCCUUGAUAAGAAAAGGGAGACACCAAGGACCCCCUCCCCCCCCCCCCCCCCCGAGCACUUUGGAUCCGUCCGCCGGGUUGAUUUGGGGCUCAUAUAUCUCUAUUUUAUAUAUUUUUCUGUUUUGUUUUCCUCGAGAAAGGACCAAGGGGAAGCCCCUGCCCCCCCAGCCAGGACACAGCGGGGAGACGUCCCCCUCCCCACUCCAGGUCUGGCUCGGAGGCUGUUGUGGGGAAGAAGCGCCCGCAGCCCUGUAUGCACGCCCUCGCCCCCGAUCCUCCCUGCCCCACAGCCGAAGGGACCUUCAGGCCCCCACGUCCUUGCCCAGCUCAUGACAUCGGGCCUCCAGCCCCAGCGCCCGGAGUCCCGCUAUUUCCAAAGAGUCUCCCGAGCCCUUGGGGGUGGGAGGAAAAGCUUGAAUCCGUGCCCCUCGCCAAAAAAAAUCUCACCUUCCUGGCUUUCGGGAGGCCACGAAUCCCCCCGGGGCUGUGCUAUAAGAGCUGGACCUGGGGGCCCUGUCCAUGCUGGGGGGGUCCGGGGAGGGGCCUGGCCUCACCAUCGAGGAUAAUAACCUAUGCCCACCAAGUGAUGCUGUCUCACCCAAGGGCACGGGCUGUCCGCGUGGGACGAGGGUGGGGGGAGGUUUCUUUAUAUGAAUGUAUAUAAAUAUAUAUUUUAUAUAAAUAUCUUGCCGAUGCAAACUCUUGCAA